GGUCAUGACCACUAGGUUCGCGCCUCGGAUUCGUCUCAGUGUGCUAUAGACCUGGAAGGGCAACAGAACAGACGCAGCCAGUGCUUAGCCUUCACUUAAGGACAUUAAAGAAACAGCAAACAGCCAUGCAUUGGCAAUUGGUGACAGCUCUGAUGCUCUUUGUAGCAUGGAGUUAUCCCAUCCAGACUCAAUCAGCCAGGACGCCGGCUUUGGAGCUGCAGCAGCGCUUGCCACAGGCAAUGCAUCCAGCCAAUAGAGAUAACUACCAGUACGUCCUGUUGCCGAAUACUCGCGGGGGCUACAGGAGGCGUAGCGUCCAUGGCCUAGGCAAAGCGGCGCCAACGACGACCACAGAGCGUCCUCUAGUCCGUGUAUGGAAUAGUUUCAUUCGAAGUGUUCAGCCCUCGUUUAGUUUGCGAAACUUGACAAAUCCACUGGCAAACUUCUUCAACGACGGCAGCACGAAUAUCAUUGAGACAUCUCCCGUUUUCCUUCAGUCUCUGGACGAGGACCUGGACCCAAAGCCAGAGGAUCCGACUCCAGAGGUGCAGAGCUCCAAGAAACGCAAACGAAAGCAUCGCAAGCAGCAGAAACGAAGACCCGCCUACGACUCGCAGGAGUAUGAUGAUUCGUACGAUUACUAUGCACCUCCGUUGCCUCCAGCCCAGCCCAUGUUCUUCUACGACACCAACUCCGGCAGUUACUACGGGGUGCAGCGAUUCAGCCCGGAAGACUUUCAGACCAAUUACUACAAUCGCUUCGAUCCAUCAUCGGAGCGGGAACCACAGGAGCCGACAAUUUUGGGUAAAAUCAACACCAAAAAGAUCACUCUUCUGCGGCCCCUGCCGUUGUCCGCUGCAGGCACAGUAGACGCCAGCGACUCGGCAAAUCAAAACGAAGACGUGUUCGAUGAAAAUAAUUUGAACGAUAAUACAGCACUGACCGAUUCAACGUCUUACGGCAUUGCCGAAGACGAUGAUGAUGCCACGAGUCACUCACCGCUCUCCAAGAGCAUGCGCAAUGCUCUCGGCACGUACAUGCGGGACGAUCAGCGGAAUCGCCAGCGCCAACGUCAGUCGGAGCGCAAUGGUGGGGUUACUGCAGUCUCGGAGGCGGGUGCCAAGGUUUCUCCUCGGCAUCGCAACCGCUAUUUUCUGGCUGCGCGCCUGGUGAACUAAACCGAUAUAUCUUUAAUAAACUCAGCGAAUACUUGA